UUUUCCGGGAGUUGCAUAACCUCACUCAAUUUGGCAAGUAAACACCUCAAGUACCGCAAGUACUCGUCAUUAUCUAUGGUAAACACCAUCUUUCAAGAGUAGUUUUCAUAUUAAUAUGAUAUAGUCAAAGCGUCCAGCCCCUCACCAUGAGGAAAAAGCUCAAAUACUUUCUGACCCUGCUAUGGUUCGCCUAUCUAAUCGUGUCCUCAAUCCUGCUGUUCAAGAAAGGGUUUCUGCUGUCCAAGGAGGUGCAGAAUCAAAACGCCACAUGUGACUCUCUAGAGUUAGAUGAACUGACUGCCUGCUUCGCGGCAAACUACAAAAAUUCAGCCAGUUGCCCCUUCGAUGCCAACUGGCGCGAAAAGCUGUACAGCAAGGCCAACAGCCUUUGUAUCCCUAGUGACACCAAAGUGAUUCUUCUGAUAGUAGACGCCCUGCGCUAUGAUUUCGCAGUGUUUAACGAAGAUAAUCUCAAGCCGCUUCCAUACGAAAACCGACUUCCGGCGAUCAAACGCACCCUGGACAAGUUUCCAGCCUCAUCCAGACUGUACAAGUUUAUAGCCGAUCCCCCAACCACAACAAUGCAGCGGAUAAAGGCCUUAACAACAGGCAGUUUGCCCACUUUUAUAGACGCGGGCUCGAACUUUGCCAGCUCGCAAAUCACCGAGGAUAAUAUCAUUGAUCAGGUCUUGAAGACGAAAGAAAACAUUGUUUUUAUGGGUGACGAUACAUGGACGUCUCUCUAUCCAAACCGUUUUAUCCGCAACUUCCCAUAUCCCUCGUUUGAUGUGUGGGAUUUGGACACUGUGGACAACGGAGUGCGGGCCAAUUUGUUCCCUGAGCUGGAAAAGCGCGACUGGAAGAUGCUGAUUGGGCACUUCUUAGGUGUGGAUCAUUGCGGGCAUCGACACGGUCCGAACCAUCCGGAAAUGGUCAGAAAACUAACCGAAAUCAAUGGUGUGAUUGAAGAUGUGAUUAAAGUGAUGGACAAUGAAACCAUCCUGUUCGUCAUCGGUGAUCAUGGAAUGACAAUAACAGGUGACCAUGGCGGGGCAACUGAGGACGAAGUCUCAUCAGCGAUGUUCGUGUAUUCCAAACAAACACUCCUAUCCAUCGGCGAACAUAAAUCCAGCGUGAAACAAGUGGAUCUCGUUCCUACACUCUCAGCCAUCCUGGGCGUGCCGGUUCCGUUCCAAAAUUUGGGAGUUUUGAUUCACAACGCAUUGCCAGAGCCUCAAAACACCGAUAAAUUGAGGUGGAAACUGCCAUUGUUCUGGCUCUGGCACAACGCCCGGCAAAUGGUCAGCUACAUGCAAACGUAUUCGGAAAACUCCAAGAUCUUCGACGAACACUAUCUAGAGCUGUAUUACAGCGAAAUUGAGUCGCUGCAGGCCAAAUUGGACUCGGUUACUUCAGACCAGGAGUUUGCAAAGUUAUCGGAAACAGUUGGCUCUUUGCUCGUCAAGCUGCGCACUUUAUGCGAAGAAGUUUGGGUGCAAUUCGACGCCUAUUCGAUCAGCAAUGGGCUGACGUUCCUGUUUCUGACUGUAUUUUUUAUGUUCAUCAUCAGCGAUGGAAUCCCGCUACGGCAUCUGCCUGCGGCCAUCGAAGGCUCCUUCGUGGUCGUUUGCGUGAUCGGACUUCUUUUCUCAGUCACAGCCGUUGCAGCUUUGGAUUUUUCCGACUUGGUUGAUAGCUCCCUGUACACCUGCCUGUUUCUCACCAACGUGCUCUCGCACUUGAUGUUCCUGCUGCCCGUUUUCCAGAACUGGACCCUGAUCAGCUUCAACUGGUACCAGAAGAACCAGGCAAACGGCGUUAUGCAUGUCAUCUGCCGCUUGGUGUUGGUUUGCAACAUUGCCGGAGUGUUUUCCAAUAGCUACGUGCUCGAAGAAGCCAGCGCCCUGCUUUUCCUACUGGUUACUGUGCUGAUUUUGAGCCUGCUGCUCUUGGUGCGAAGUGAUUACGGGAAGAACUGGGUGAAAUUGGCGAUAAUCGCGUGUUCAGUGCUGUUCCUGUUGCGAUUUUCCGUUCACUUCUGGCGUUGCCGAACUGAGCAGGAAUGGUGCUUUCGGUCGCCCCAUGAAGAAGUCAGCAGAAUCAAGUCCCAGGCGUCCAAAACCCAGUGGGGUGUUAGUGUGGUGUCCCUAUCGCUGCUCGCGAUUUUAGUGAAAAUUUGGCUGCGAAAGUGCGGCAAUCUCAGCGGUUUUUCCAUCACGGAAAUCCUCAACAAGCUGCUGCCUUCGGUGAUUGUUGUCUGCAUUGCGGGCUAUUGGGUUAUGCAGCGGUUGGCCGGCAACACCAAAUCCAUAGCAAGAACCAGCAACUACCUGGCUUGGUCCGUGUACGGGCUCUGUGGGUUUUCGCUGAUUGUUGCAAUAAUACGGCCCAUAUGUGUGCAUGUGAUUUCGGCAGCGUCUUCAGAGAACCUCGCCUCUAUUACCGGUCUAUUUGCCAUGCUAAGGGCAAGUUUUUUGUCGGGCGCAAAAGAAGAAAGCAGGCGCGACGACGUGCCGAUUGUGUCUGGACUGGGCACCGCGUAUAGCGCCGUUUACGUAAUUCUGGCCACUUAUCUGCUGCUUCUAACUGCUCUGGUGCUGGGGGAUUUAUUUGCCUUCUCUUUGGUCGUUAUGGUGGCCGUCGGCGCGUUUUUUUUGGUGGCCACCUCCGUUUGGAGGAUCAAGGAGGCUAAAACCUGGGAAGACCUGCUAAAUGUGCCCACUCUAGUGGUUCUGGGGUGGAUCUUGCUUCCCCAGUACUUUUUCUACGCAUCCGGGCAUCAGCCGGCGUUUUCUAACAUUGCCUGGGAGUCGGCGUUUGUGGGAACUUCCGGCCUGGUUUCCGCCAACAACUAUAUUCUGGGCGCCCUCGUCCUGCUGAACACCUUUGGAACGUACAUGCUGGCAGGAGUCCUGCUGCCGCUUCUGAUAAUUGUGCCCUUCACGUUGUGUGUGAUGAUGCCUUCAGCGUGCUCCAAGAACAAAGUGUUGCACCCGAGUGCCCAAAAGGGCGAGCUGUUCCUGUUCGAACAGGACCGGAUUAGUACUGCGGCCUUAUUCUCUCUUUGCUGCAAGUAUAUGGUAGGGCAUACCGUUAAGGUGUUUGCCAGUAUGCUGGCAGCCACCAUCCACUGCCGCCACCUGAUGGUAUGGUCCAUUUUUGCGCCGAAGUUCAUUUUUGAAGCCAUCGCCUUGUUCAUCACAUUGGGCUCAGUAUUAGUGGGAUAUCUAGUAUUUAUUCGUAUCAAUUUUCAGAUCGAGCGGCUAGUGACCAAACUAAACAAAACUCACUAGUUGUUUGAAAGUAUUUGUAUUUGUACUGCCAAAGACUGUGGAGCCUCCAGUGACAAAUUGUUUACGUAUAUGUUUACGUUAUAUGUAUAGAGUUUAAUUCAAUGAGUAUGAAAAGUCCCUCAAGUUCUUAUGGUUCUGAUCAAUACAAGACACUUUCGGUCUCUCGUAUUCGUAAGAAAGAUUUCUACAAGUUUCAUUUGAAAAAACUAAAGUUCUCAAGCAAAGCGACUUUCAGGAGUCUCUUGCGACCAAAAUGGAGCCGGUGGAAACCGCUAGGUUUCCAGGAUAUUUUUUGAAAUGCUGAAAAUUUCAGGCAAAACGGGCGACAGCAGAUUUUUCCAACAACUAAAUUAGAGAAAAAGUGAAUUUAGAAGCCAAGUGUCUUUGAAUCAGACUAAACGUAUCAAAUACACUGAUUUUGAAAAACUCCUCACUUCUAAAACAUAGCAGGUAAAUUCUCAUGUUCGGGUCCAUUGAUUGAAAACGGUUGACCGACAAAAUGCUGAAAAAUUCAGGAGAAAUGGGAAGCAGGAAUAUUUUUCACGAAUAAAUUAAGUUGCAUUUGAAACGAACUAGUUCAUAUGCAAACUGGCUUUCAAAAAUCUCUUACGUCCAAACUGGAACCUGUAGAAAAUCGCUCUUUGCCUGCUGAUAGAAUACUUGAGGGUUGAAAUAAGUACUGAGAAUUUCGAGCAAAACUGAUGGCACCAGAAUUUUCAAGAAGUUAACCAAAGCGCCUUUGAAACGGACUAAAUUCAACAAACUCUUCACGUUCAGAACAGGGCACAUAAAUACUUGUGUUUGUAUCGGCUUAUUUAAAAUAUAGUAGGAAAGUUUUACCCAA